AUGGCGCGUUACCUGGGCUCCAGCGACGGCGAGGGGCGUCCCUUCUCCCUCCGCGGCUCGUCAGCGGGAGCGCCAAGCCCGUCGCUCCCCCGGCGGCCCGGAGCGCUCCUCGGCCCCCGCCCCGGGGCGUCCGCGCCAGGCCGCCCCUCCUCGGCGCCGCGCCGCUGCCCGCGCGGGCCGGGCCGCCUCGAGCUCCCGCGCCGCCCCGCGGCAAGAGGCCUCUCUCGCUGGGCGGCCGGCUCCCCUCACCCGCACCGCCCCCUGGGCGGCCGCGGAGCCGAGGGGAGGGCGGGAAGGGCCUCCCGAGGAGAGCAGGCCGGAGCGAACGCGGGCUCCGCCACCCGAGCCGCUCCGUUACCGCAGCGGAGACGACGUCCACGGCCGUGUUGUUGCUGCCAACUUGUCGAGAAGACACUGAGCAUGCGCGAGCGGAGACCACAUCCGGGUCAACCCAGUCAUGGAAUUCAGAACACGUUCUCGUUUGGUGGUGCACAGGGGCUGAAAGAGAUCCCCAAAUCCUGUGUGUCCAGCAGACUUCAAAGAAAGUUUGAGAAAAUAGAGGAAUUUACUUUCAAGCAACGCAGCCAUCAUAUGAUUGACCGUCAGACACCUGUGUUCCCUCAGGUUCUCCCACCUAUGGGUUCCCUCCCUACCCUGCAUGGGGCUCCAGACUUCUGCAUGGGGGUGACCUGCUCCCCUCAUUCUUUACAACUUUGUUCUGACUUUCCUAUGCAUAGCAAAAGCCAGCAUCCCACUUUCUUAGGCAGAUAAACUCUGUUUUCCAGACCUUUUCUUUUUUUCUUUUUUUGGGCCAUGCCCUGGGUAAAAGGAAGUUCCUGGUCUAGGGAUGGAACCCAUGCCACAGCAGCAACCAAAACUACUGCAGUGACAAUCAGGAUCCUUAACCCACUGUGCCACAAGAGAAUCCCUCCAGCCCUUUUCUUGACUCUAGGUAUCUGUCUGAAUAUCUUAGGACACCAUGCUAAAGCUUUAGAAUUAAUAUUUAUAAGAUUUGCCCCAUUUUUUCCCCUGUGCCUGAGGCAUGUGGAAGUUCUGGGCCAGGGAUUGAACCAAUACCACA